GAUGCAAUGAACUUUCCCAGAGAUACCGCGGGAAAUUGUCGUAACUUCCUGUAUUGUGUUGGUAUGGGUGAAGUUGGCGCGACAUUUCUGGGUGCAUUCUUUGAGAGUUCUUGGACAUUUUCUCAUGCUAUAGAUACCUUGGGAGCUGCACAGAUCCCUCAUGUUAUAUCUUAGAGAGCCUAUCCUUGCAAAUCCAUGUGUGGGAGUGCAUAGACCUAAGUGAUCAUGGAUGAAGUCACAGAGACCAUGCCUGGUCACACCUGGCAUUCUGAUUCUGCAUCUGAAACCUUUGUGUACAAUGACGAAGAUUCAGUGGAUAUUUAUGCAGACCUUCAGGAUAGUCCAGAUGAGAAGAAUGGAAAUACAGGAAAGGCAUGCAGAUCCUCAGUUUCUCCAAAGCAGAGUGAAUCUAUGGACUUGUUUGAGGAAAUUAUUGUAGAGGAACAUCUAAAGAAAGAGGCAUCUUACAAUGAGAUGAAGACUAAAUUUGAAGAGUCACAAAGUCAACUCAAAGAAUUGAUCCAGAAGUUGCAGCAGCUGGAAUCACAGAAUGGGAGCUUGCAAACGGAGAAUACACUUCUGAAGAAGAAUAUAUGUGCACUUAUCAAAACAGCCAGAGGUGAGAUUGGACGCAAGGAUGCAGAGAUAAAUAGACUCAGUGAAAGAACUGGAAACUCUGGUCUGAUAUUCCAUCGGCCUAGUUCUAACCAACUCCUGAGUCGAGCUACUACCAGAGCAGGUUGUAAAGGAUAUGAGGGUCCUGCACCUGUCUGUGAACCAUAUUAUGAAAGGAGGAACUUUCAUGAGAAGGUUUUGGCAAAUCACAGUUCAUUCACACCUGUGCAGACAUCUUCAACACAACUCGCCAUUACAGAAUUGCCAAGAGCAAAGGAUGCAAGUGUUGUACUCCGUGACCGUAUUGAUGAGCCAGUUGACAAUCACAGCAGUACCUCAGAUGCUUUGGAAUAUGGAAAUAAGCAUGAACCUGUGUCUCAACAUUUGCUGGGUCAUGGAAGAUCUGAUCCAACGAUCACAGCCUCAUCUUCAGCAGAUGGCAGAGGUCAAAACAACAAAGAAUUAAAGAAGGACUCACAGAAGACACCAUCAUCCACUGAGUCAGACCAGAAUCACAGUGAACAUUCUUCCAGGCCCAGUAAAAUACAACAUAAUCAUUCAACUUCAGACAUGUUGACCUCAGGUAAAUCCAAAGAUCUCAAAGGCUCAAAAUCUCAAAGACACAAAAGUCCACCUCCGCAUCAUACUAUAUCUUCUCAAAUGACCAAAGGAUCAUCUAAAGACAAUUCAGAAGACCUUUGUUUGGAAAGAAGUAGGGGUUCUAGAGAAACGGAAAGUUCUAGUGGCAGUCAUAAGUCACGGCAUACCGUCCGCUCUGAAAGUUCCAGAGUCUCAUCUCGGCACAGGAGAGAAAAAAGUCCAACAAAGGGCCAUCACAGAAUAGAGGAGCGGUGGAAAGAAUGUGCCAGUAGAGAAAGCAGAAGCGCCAGAGCAGACCGAGGCAGAGAGCAUGAACGCAAGGCAGAGAAGGAAAGGUCACGGCGGAACCGAGAGUGGACUAGUAAGAGUGAGAAGAAGCCCGGGGAUAGAGUUCCAGAGAGAAAGCUUGAUGGCAGAGAAGGUAGAGCCUGCACGUACGCUGACAGAUCUGAAUAUCACCAAGACUUCCCUCACAAGCAAGACCAAUUGAAAAAAGGUGAAGGUGUAAGGAAACAACCUACAGAAGAGCCAGUGGACACAACAGACAAAAAAACAAAAGAAAAUUCAAGGUCAGAAUUGAACACAUGCACACAUACGCCUGUUAUAAAAGAAAAUGAAGGGGUCUUCCUCCUUUCUAACAAAAAGACUGUCAGGGAAAGUGAUGGAACCAAGCAGACUACCAAGAAAGGACACACGGAAAUGAAACUUAAUUCUUCUGAACACACCAGUGAUGAUGAAAGGAAGAGAAAAAAGGAUCACAACACAUGUCAGGCAAUAGAUGCAAUGUCGGAAGAAGUGGUCAUGGAUGGAAGCGCCACUGAUGACAACAGUCCCAACAGAAAAUUAUCUUUUAUGGAAACUCUCAAUCUCACACUGUCACCUGUAAAGAAGCCUAAUCAACCAACUGAGUGUAAGCCACCAAACAGUGAAUCAGUGAAAGAUGGAGUAUGUUCUCCAUCAUCGUUAGAAAGGACUAAUCCCCUUGAUACAGGUGAAGAGUUUUAUGUCAUAGAUGAACUUGAGGAAUCUGUCGAAGAAAUCCAUGUUCAAGAGAAAAUGCCAGUGUCCCUAAUUCCAUCAAGGGACCCUGAGUGCUGCAGCAAAACCUCCACACAGGAAAGGGAAAACCCUGUGCCAGAUGUGAUUGAGAUGCCAGUCAAAUCCAGUCCAGAAAACGACUCGUUAGAGGCAGGUAAUGAGAAGGACAAUGUAGAAUGUAGUAGGCCCAUUCCUGCAGUCGAUCAGCAGGUUGUAGCAACCACUGAGACCAACGUAUCACACUUAAUUCCACAUAAAGAGAGCCGUGACAUUUCUAAUUCUAUGAAUUUGACCACAACUAACUCAGCAGCCAUAACAGAAAAUUAUAUGGUCACUUCUGUUACUAUGGUUGAGGAUGCAGUUAUUGAAAGUUCUUUGGACACUGAAAAGGAUCAUAUAGACGCUGCGGAGCCAAUGGUUUUCACAUUUACUGGAAAUUCAGCAAAGAAUGGUGAAGAGAAAACAUCAGAUACCAGGACAACGUCCUCUCUACGUUCUGGUGUGUUACAACAUCAGCCAUUUACCGCAUUGACUUCACAAAUGAAUAGGGACAAAGAAACAACACCCGUUAAAAGCUGUGUUGAUAUGGAAUCUGUAUCUAGCACUGUUAACUUGGAGACGCCCCACUCAUGCCCUAGCAGUUGUACAGUUCGCUUAGAUGUUCCAGAAGUUUCAAAAAUGGAAAUCGAAAGUGCAGAACAUAUGACUUCUUGUAGUCCAUUGAAAGAGCAGUUGAAUGAAGUACCUAAUGUGAGUAGCACUACAAAAAAGGACUUGGUAUUGCAAGAAAAAGUAGUUGUCAGCUCAGAUGAAACCCCUGCUCAACAAGCAAAGGACUGUGAACCAGAUUCCACAGAGGAUACAGAGCAUUGCACAGAACCCUCCAGCUCCAUUGUACUUCCCCAAGAUGAGGAUUCGAUGAUGCUCACUCUUAAAAGUAUCAAACUCAUUCCCGAAGCCAUCAGUCCUCUUACAAGUCCAGUUCGUCAGGUGAAGAAAGUACAGCCCCCACCUCCUGAGAAGCAGCCAUAUAUCAAAAGUCUUAGUAAAGAUUUCCUGAAUGCCACCCUGACACCAGAUACCAGCUCAAGAGUUGUGGAUGUGAAUAAAGAAAAUCAAAAAACCGACUGCUCCACGACUGCUGAAGAAGAUUCUGCAGCUGCCACUGUUGGCAACACCAAACAAGAGGAACUUGAGGAAGGUGAGAUUGUCAGCGAAUGUGAAAGUGAUGAAGCCCCAGUGACUGCAAAAAGUCCCAAGACCCCUAAAGAGUGCAAGAAGUCUACAACCAUGAAAACUCAACAAAGCCCUCGGACUCGAAGCCUUACGAAAGGGGCUUCUCAGAAAAGGUCUGUGGAUUUACAACCAAACUCUGGUCGUAAGACCACAGUGACCGUUGUGAACAAAAGCCCUACCUGUAAAAGGCGCUUUAAAACAGUUCCGCCACCUGACCCCAAAACUUUGCCACCUUCAACCACCACUCUGGAGGAAAUCAUGAACAUGUUCAAAGUAAUCCGGUCCCAGCUGAGAAAAAAAUAUAUGAAGCUUCACAAAAACUUCCCCAUGAAGACCUUCAACUCUGUCAUGGAAAUGUCUAACUUAUCUUUUACAGAUUUGGUCAGUAGUUUAAAUUUGAAGAACAUGUGUGGCGAAGAGAGUGAUGUUAAAGCCAAGCUGAAAAAGAUCAUUAUUAAUGUAAUGAACAAAGUGACUAACAAUGGAAUUGUCAAUCGAAUCUUUGAGCAAAACUCUGACAACUUAAAGUCAAAGUUGUGGUCUUUUGUGGAUGGGCAACUUGACUUUUUAUUUAAGGAAAUACAGAUGACCCUUCAAAGUGUAUCCAAGCCGUUAGAUAGCAAACAGCCUUCACGGACGGAUCAUAUUGAUAAUCCUGUUAAAAAGGCUAAAGUAAAAAAGCCUCAAGCAAAGUCUCCUUCAAGAAGUGUGACUACAGCAAAGAGGCAGCAAGAGGAGGUCUCCGUAGUGAAAACUAAAGAAGCCCCAAUGAUAUCGACUCCAUGCCCUCUUCGGCAGCCAGCCUACAAAACUGGACUCGGCAGUAGAGGAAAAAAUCUGAGGAUGAAUAGUGAGGAAACCAGUGAAGACCCAGGUGCAUCUGGAUCCAUUAAAGAGAUUGCACAUCCUACAUCUGAAAGAAUGCCCACUGACAAGUCAGUGGACAGAGUUAACACCUACGUUCGUAGACUGUCUCACUCUGGGUCAAUUCUGGACAAGUCUGAGUUUGAAAUCCUUACUGAACAACAAGCAUCAAGCUUAACAUUUAAUUUGGUCUCAGAUUCUCAGAUGGGAGAUAUUUUUAAGAGUCUCCUACAAGGUUCAGAUCUACUUGAAAGCAGUGUUUCAAUGGGAGACAAUCAAAACUGGCUUUUAGGAACACCCAAAAAAGAGCACUCUUCUGAAAGAACUUUCCUAACAGGAAUGAUUAGUCCCUCCAAGUUUGGUACACCUUCCAAGCUUAUGGCAGCAUGGGCCUCCAUCUCUCCAUGCAAAUUACUCUCGCCCACUCCCAAAGUUCAGAUGCCCCUAAAUCCUGCAGUGUUAGAUGAAAGUUGCCUCUUGGAGAUUCCUUCCAGUCCUGUUUCUAGUAGAGCAUCUCAACCAGCUGCUGUGAGUUCGCAAAGAAUGUAUUCCAUUUUGGCUGAAGACUUGGCUGUCUCUCUUACCAUUCCUUCACCUCUGAAAACAGACAGCCAUCUGAGCUUUCUGCACCCAGUGAAUGAGGAGCUGCUGUCUACUCCAGAUGAGGUCCGAAAUGCUCAUUUUAGUGAGGAUGCUGUUCUUGAUGGCGAGGACGCCACGGAGCACGACAUUCAUCUGUCGCUUGACACGGAUCCUUCCAGCUGUGAGUCCAGUGCUGGACAUACCUGGGACAGCACAGAACCAAAACUCUUCCAGUUCAAGCCUCAUGUGCCUAUGCAAGCAGUGGUGACUGAGAGGUCCAACGAUCACUUUAUUGUAAAAAUAAGGCAUACAUCCACAGUUAGUGCUCUAGUGCCCACUCCCUCAGCUGCUCAGGGUGUCAGCUCCGAUUCAGAGGAGAGUCCAGCAAGCCAGCCUACCAUCACUGUCGAAGGUCCUGUCCGCCACACAGAACAAGUGACAAAUGAUGGGACGUCUGAAGAAUUGCCUUUGGAUAAAAGUACAUUUGAAUGCCCACCACCAGAAAUAGCCACGGCAUCUGACAAAGGUGACCGUUGUAGUUUACCAGGCACAGAGUUGAAUGUAAAUUUGGCAGAGAUGUCUGUUGUGCCAACUGAAGUUCAGCAAAGCGAAGCUGAUGCAAGUGAGUCUGCAUCUAAGGAUGAGGCGAUCGGUGGACCUCAGGAGAGUGGCAACGAUGGCCAGAUGAAAAGAAAAAGGAAAAAGCAUCAUACAGAACCAAAAGCAAAAAAGGCAAAAGCAGAAACGAUCCCAGAUAGACAUCACAAGAAAAAACAUAAGAAGAAGUCAAAGAGUAACACAGAACGGGAGUUGAAGUCCUCAGUGAAGGAAAGGAGCAAGCCCCCAGCCCCAUCUCCUCAGCACUCUCCCCAAAGCCUCUCUGCUAAGAACGUGAUCAAGAAACGUGGCGAGGUGGUGGUGACGUGGACCAGGGAUGAAGAUCGCGACAUUCUUGUUGCAUUAAAGAUGAAAGGACCAUCCAGGGAUACUUUCUCUGCUUUAUCAGAAAAGAUGAACAAAUCACCUUCUCAGAUUGCAGAGAGGUUUGCCCAGCUGAUGAAGCUCUUCAAGAAGAAAGAAAAGAUGGAGUGUUGAGACAUUGAGCAAUGAGACAUUGGACUGUUCAGCAUGGAGCUUGCACCUCUGAUGCUGUAGCUGAAGUGUGUGUGUGUGGCUGUAGGCCAUUUUCUUUUUAGUUAUAGCAAAUAUUACAAAUGGAUGCCACUCAACAGGAGAUGGCACUUUCAGAUUAAUCAGACACUUUUUUUGUCUGUUGUGCAAAAAAACUAUUGAUCUGUGGUGAAGACUAAUUGCAAACAGGAGUGAUUUUUGCUGCUGGACUUUUACUCGUAUUUAUUUCCCAUUUUUAACCUACAUUUCACUGGAACUGACUCUUACAGUAGCCCAAGAGCUGUGGACAUAGUGCACAGCUGUUUUUUAUUUCUGUGUCAGUGUAAGAAAGGUAAUAAGAUAUUUGCUUGGUCACCUUUUUCAAUAUCAACUCCAUGUAUAGAUUGAUGUGCAGAGAUAAAUUCCUCUUUUGUUGUCAUGUAUCAAGUGAUCAAUCUAAAACACUGAUGACCGUAUUAGUGAACUAGUAAUCAAUAACUCUAAAGGUUAUUUUAUCUUGAAGCACAGGUGACAGGUACAUUUUGCAGACUAAAUAAAGUACAUUAAGAUCACCAUAAAUAGACAGGACUGUUUAAAGCAUUGUUCAGCUCAAGUUAUCAGUUGCUUGAAAGAUUUUGAGACAUUCUUGUGAAUUUCAAGUGCCUGUUUGAUUGUUGGAGUGUGUAUAUAAUGAUUGUUUUGUUGUAUAUAGUGUAAUCAUUUUGUCCUUUGUUUGCUUUGGACGUUGAUUUAAUUUACUAAUGACAGACAUUAGUGGGAUUGCACUAUGAGAAUAUUUCUUACAGAAUCCCAGCCUUAAGGUCUAACUGUAUAUGAUGUACAUUUGUGCAAGAUCCUUUUUUCUUUUUAAUUAAAGGUUAUUUAUUUACACUG